AUGGCUUCGCGACUGGUGCUGGUCCUGGGCGACCUCUUCAUACCAGACCGAGCUUCAGAUAUACCGGCAAAGUUCAAGAAACUGCUCGCGCCUGGAAAGAUCGGCCAAAUCCUUUGCCUGGGCAACAUUACCGACCGCGAAACCUACGAAUUCCUGCGCGCCAUCGCGCCCGACCUACAAAUCGUGAAGGGUGACUUCGACGUCGAAGCACCUAAUCUCGCCUUGUCAAAAGUAGUCACGCACGGCAGUCUACGCAUAGGCUUCACACAUGGCCACACCAUCAUACCACCCGGCGAUGGCGACAGUCUGCUGAUAGCGGCGCGGCAGAUGGAUGUCGAUGUCUUGCUAUGGGGCGGCACACACAAGUUCGAGGCGUAUGAAAUGGAGGGCAAGUUCUUCGUCAAUCCAGGAAGUGCGACGGGGGCCAUGUGUACGGGAUGGUGGACUGAGGAUGAGGAACCUACACCGAGUUUUGUAUUGAUGGAUGUUCAGGGCGAUGUUCUCGUACUGUACGUGUACCAACUACGCAAGGAUGCCGAAGGCAACGAAAAUGUCGCAGUGGAGAAAGUGUCAUUCCGGAAGAACGGCGGCGGCGCAUCAUAG